AUCGACUAUUGGCCACUUUUGAUUCACUCUUAGCGGGAAGCGUUAAUAAUUCAAUUGCAAUUAUUACAAAGAACUUAAUUGUUUUGUAACAUUUUAAAUUUAAAAAUUAUCGUUAUUACCAAUUUUUAUGUUCACUAUAAUGUUAUUGAAUAACUCAAAACUAUAUUCAUAUGUUCUACGAUCGUGUCUUGUUUGAAGUGAAGAACGAUCCUAGGGUAUCAUUUGUUGUGUUAUUUGCUCUAACAUCAGAUCACGAAUAGAAUACCGUUUAAUCUCUUUAUAAGAAAUAACUUUGUUUUAUUUGUUGUCAACCAUGGGAGGCGGCAAAAGUAAACAAAAGGUAAAGGUUCCGCAACUUCGAUUCAAACUUCACGAUAGCAAGAAAGUUAAUAUUUACAAAAUCUUUGAUUGUGUUACAAAAGAAGGGGUACCUCCUGUAACUCGCGAAUUUCUCCAGAAUUCAUGGAAGGACAUCUUAUCUCCCAGUUUGUUAGAAUUGAUAAUGAACUACUUAUUCAGAACUUCGCAAAGUAUAAAGGUUGAUGAUUUGGAGGUUUUAUAUUAUAAGUUCGUGGAGGGGACUUUUAAUGAAAGGGCCCAAGCAUUAGUAGACAUUCUUGGUGUCGAAAACAGUAUUUCUCCUGAUAUUUUUCAAGCAUUCCUCAUGGAUUUAAUGGAAUCCUAUUAUAUCAUACUGAGAAAAAAAUGCCCUGAAGCAUUUUCUUCUUGGGUAUCUGGAGAUACCAUAGAGAAUAACGAUGUAAAACUGGUUAUCAAUUAUUACAUGCGAGACUUGAAAGGUUUUGAUGAAAAGGUGACGGCCCAGGAACUCAGAGAAUGGCUCAUACGUUGUGUAUUUCUAACUGACGUUUAUGAGUCAGUUAUGAAAGUUACCUUCAACAUGGAAGUUGAAGAAUUGAAACCGAUACUGCCAAAAGCGGAUAAAUAUUCGAGUAUGCUGACCAUUCCUAUGGUUCUCUCUUUUUCACACCUCAUAUAUCCUUACAUGAAGAAAAAUUGGAGGCUGCUCUUUUCUUCAUUGACUGAUCCACAGUCUUGGCAUAGGUUAUGUGCUAAGGUUGCCAAGCAAGGACCUACCAUUGUUCUUAUUGAAGAUGAAGCUGGUUCAUUAUUCGGAGGUUUUGCUUCUCAGUCUUGGAAAACAAGCCCCAAUUUUUAUGGGGAUGAAUGCUCUUUUUUAUUUCGGCUGAGACCUCAUAUGGCAUUGUACUCACCAACUGGCUAUAACCAGAACUUUCAGUACAUGAAUCAUGGAGCUACUACUCUUCCUAAUGGAAUGGGAAUGGGAGGCCGGCUGGAUUACUUCACAUUUUUCUUGAGUGAAGACUUCGGCCCUAUGACUGUCUCUAAAAGUUGCUCUACUUUCAGAGACUAUGCUCCUCUUGCUUCUACUACUAAUGAAUUUAACUUCUCCAAGUUGGAGAUAUGGGCUAUUGCAGACCCUGAUGUAGAGGAUGAUGAAUAUGUCCGGGUUGGAGGGUCAAUAAUGGAUCACGAUCCAAGUGCCUCAGCAAUCCUUGAAAUUGCAGGGAAAUCUAUCUACAGCAAAGAUUUGAAACAAUCUUUAGAUGAAGCAUAAACCUGCUAAAGCAACCAAGACUGACUCAGAGUUACCUAUUAGUUCAAUUAUAUAUAUUUCUAAUUGUGAUAUAACAUAGUUUAUACAGUAUUGUGUUCUGUUAAAAUAUUAAUGUGUAUUAUUACUUAAACAUAUUUAUAUUGAAGUAUAUUUUAAUAUAUUUCUACUCAUAAUUUGGCUGUUAUUGAAAUAAAAUAUAUUUAAAAAAAUUCGUCUCCAUUCUAUGUUAUAAAUACUUAUUUGUUCUUUAUAAUAAUUAUUUGUAUAAAAGAGUAUAGAAAGAAAGAAAUAAGAAGAUAAGUUUGUAACUUACAUACAACAAGAAGAAGUGAUAAAACUUACACCAUUGUGUCUAAAGAUUCAUAAACUCAGUUUUGCUGAUUUAUAAGAGUUUUUCUGUGUUUUAAUUUUUAUGAUUUUGACGUAUUAUCAGUUAAGAAUUUUUUAUUAAAUUAGUUUUAAUUUUAUGUAUUUUUUUACUUUUACUUACCUCUAUAUAAAAUAUAAAGUAAGGAAAAGAAUUUUUAGUGAAAACACACGUUUUGAGGUCCUCUGAAUCUAAAGAACCAACUCUCGCUAAAUGGUCUCUGUGUGUGUUAACAGUUUAGCUCAAAAACAUAAAUUCUUAUGAAACUGAUAUUGCUUAUUCAAGGUUUGUAUAUGCCUGGAAUGUAUAUGCAACUUUUUCGUUAAAAUCUGUAUACCGGAAGUGGCUCUUUAUAUCAUCAAUUUACCACAUUUUUAUGAUUUUCGCAGAAAUCGAUAUUACGAUUUUGAUUAAAUUUGUUAUGAUAAUGUACAAUUAAGUGUUUUUUAAUAAAAGGUAGAUUAUAUCCUCAUUGAUGUUCCGAAGAAACCCGAGCGCCCCCUUAAGCUUGGUAAACAAGGGGGUUCCGAUUAUAUUAUUUACUUAUACAUGUACGGUUUUC